GGAGCAGAAGAGAAAUGCAUGAUAAAGGACAUGUUAUUUUAAAUAGGCUUUUAAACAAUUGUCUGGUAGAGGAAGCCAAUAAAAGGGAAAAUGUUAAGAUGCAUGAUGUUGUAAGGGACAUGGCAUUGCGUGUUAAGAGCACCGGUCCAAGUAAGUUCAUGGUGAAAGCUAAAAUGAGAUUGACAGAGAUACCAGAGGAGGAUGAAUGGACUGAAGAUCUAGACAAGGUUUCCCUAAUGGAAAAUGAAAUAUCAUAUAUCCCUAUAAAUAUGUUCCCCAAAUGCUUGAUGCUCUCAACCUUAAUUUUGAAGGGUAAUGCAGGAUUGAGGCAAAUUCCAGAGUGUUUUUUAGGAAACAUGCCCCUACUGAAGUUUCUUGAUCUUUCUUAUACUGGCAUUGAGGCUCUACCUAAUUCUUUAUGUAGCUUAAAAAAUCUUACAGCACUAAUUCUCUGUGGAUGUCAGAGAUUAGAACGCAUGCCUUGCUUGUCAAAGCUUAAAGCACUGAAGAAGUUGGAUUUGAAUGGAGCAGGCCUUCUUGUGGCCCCUGAAGGCAUUGAAAUGUUAGAAAAUCUGGAAUAUCUUGAUUUAUCUUGUCCAAACCUCGGGGAGCUACCAGUAGGAAUAAUCAGUAACCUCUUCCGCCUCCAAUACCUACGUAAACAAAAGAUUUUUUCAACUGAAGUAAGAGUAGAGGAAGUAGCAAGAUUGGAGAUGCUGGAAUGUUUUGAAGGUGGAUUUGAUUGGCUGAAAGACUUCAACAGUUUUGUUAGCAAGUUGAACCAUUUUGGAAGACCCAGUCAUUACUGGCUUACAACAGCAGUGCCAGAGGAAGACAGAGAGGGGUAUUUUUGGAAAUUCACCAAUAAUGAUGCUCUUAAAAGGGUAACUUUAUUCAAAUGCAAGAUGGGAGGAGAAGAUGCGUUGGUGCUUCCAGAUGACCUUCAGGAUUUGAGGAUUGAAUGCUGCAAUACGGUCCGUGAUAUUACUAUUUUUCUAAAAAAUUUGACUCAAUUACAAACGUAUGCUUUGGAUGGGUGCCAAGGGAUAGAGUGUGUGGUCUCCUCAUCGUCCUUGAUAGUUAUGAAUAAUCUUGAAGAACUAUCUCUUUGGAGUUUGUGUAGCUUGCGAGAUCUUGUAAAAGUGGAAAAAAGAAUAUCCUCUCCCAUCUUUUCCAAUCUUAAAGAGUUGAAUGUAGUGGCCUGUUCAAAAUUGAACAAGUUGUUUCCAUGUGAGCUGCUGCAGUGUCAGGGCCUCCAAAACUUGGAGGAAAUUCAUGUUGAAGAUUGCUUGGGGAUGGAGGAAAUAAUAGAAUGGGAAGAAGAAGAGGAAAGAAAUCAACCAACUACUACUACAAUAUUCACUCUUCCAAAAUUAAGGUCAUUGUACUUGGAUUGUUUACCAGAAUUGAAGAAAAUCUGCCCAAAAAGAGGAGUUAUGGAUUGUGAUUCUCUCAAUUCCAUUUGUAUAAAAAACUGUCCUGAGAUAAGGAGGAUUCCCCUUUGUCUUGGAAGGGAAAACAGGCAACCAGCUCUUCCUGCUAUCAAAGUCGAAAUUUAUAAUCCAAAAGAAUGGUGGGAAUCUGUGGAGUGGGAGAAUCCUAAUGAUAAGAAUGUCCUCCAAUAUGAUAGUUGCGGUGCUUGGGUACGCGUUUCUCAUCUGUCUGUCCGGCAUUGAAGGUUUCUCAAGGACUCAAAAUGUCAACCUGAAUGGAUUUAUUGGGUGACUACUGACUAUCAAUCUGGUCAAUCCGUGUCCAAUUUCUAAUGCCCAACUCAGGUAUGUCAUGUGUUUUCAGGAAGCCUUUUUUUCAUUUUUGGCUGGCUAUUAUUUGCUUCCCUAGAAUUAAGUGAUUUCUCCAUACAUCCUUGGAGCAAGCUGCAUCUCUUGGCUCUUGCCAUCUCAAAAC